AUAUAAUAAAAAAAAAAAUCAAAGUCAACAAAUCACACAUACCAAAUCUCAAAGAGAGAGAGAGAAGAAGAAGAAGGAGAAAGUCUGCGUUAUUGUCUGCAAUGUUCAUCGGACAAAGAUGACAGAGAACCUUCAAUGGAGGACAAGAAAGCUCACAUAAUCGCCAUUGUCGCAAUCUCAAUCCUUGUCGUUGUCGUCGUCGCCGCAAGAUUCUGUCUGAAACUCUCAAAACCUUUCUUCCUCAUCGCCGGCAUCGGCGUAUCACUGAUCCUCGCGGUGAUCUGUUUUCUCGUGAUCCGAAACCGACACAACAAACAGAAGAAGCUCUUGGAAUCAAGAUUCGUGUCCGAAGGAAGGGAGCUUCGAAUAGAGUACAGUUUCUUGAGAAAAGUCGCCGGAGUUCCGACCAGAUUCAGGCUCCAAGAUCUCGAAGAAGCGACUGAUGGGUUUCGGAUUAGGAUCGGGAAAGGGGGGUCGGGAUCCGUGUUCAAAGGUGUUUUACCAGACGGAACUCAAGUAGCAGUGAAACGGAUAGAAGGAGAAGCCGAAAAGGGCGAGAAGGAAUUCAGAUCCGAGGUUGCUGCCAUAGCUUCUGUGCAGCACAAGAAUCUCGUCCGGCUUCUAGGGUAUUCCUCUUCUUCCUGCCCCGUUACCCCAAGGUUCCUUGUUUACGAGUAUAUCUCGAAUUCGUCACUCGAUAUCUGGAUAUUCCCGGGGCGAAACACUCGGUUCCCGUGCGGUGUAACGGCUGGAUGGAUAUCUUGGGACCAAAGGUAUCAAGUCGCUAUUGAUGUAGCAAAGGCUCUUGCCUAUCUUCACCAUGACUGUAGGUCCAAGAUCUUGCACCUCGAUGUCAAACCCGAAAACAUUCUCCUCGACGAGAAUUACCGCGGGGUUGUAACCGAUUUCGGGCUCUCGAAACUGAUCGCAAAGGACGAGAGCCGAGUUGUAACGAAUAUCCGUGGCACGAGAGGGUAUUUGGCACCCGAGUGGCUUCUGGAGCAAGGAAUCUCGGAGAAAUCCGACGUUUAUAGUUUCGGGAUCGUAUUACUCGAGAUGAUCGGUGGACGGAGAAGCAUUCGGAGGAUCGAGAUCGAAGAUGAACAAACGAAGAAGAAGAAGAAGAAGUUAGAGUACCUUCCAAGAAUAGCAAAGGAGAAGAUGAGAGAAGGGAAGGUAAUGGAGAUAGUGGACGAAAGGCUGAGAGAAGGAAGGGAAGUGAAUGAAGGGCAAGUGAGGAAACUAGUGAAUGUGGCGAUUUGGUGCAUUCACGAAAGGCCUAAACGUAGGCCGAAUAUGGCUAAUGUGGUCGAGAUGCUCGAAGGUAGGGUUCCGGUGCCGGAGCCGCCGGAUUUCGAGGUAGCCGUCGUCGAUUUUAUGGCGGCAGACGACGAAGACACGACGACGGGGAUUCAACGGGUAAAACCUAUUCCUCCGUUGGAGAUUCGUAGGGAGAGGCAUUUCCGUCUACCAUCCAUAUGCUCUUGCUCUAUAUCUCCCAUCUCUCCUCGUUAGUCUUCCAAGAGUUUUAAUGGAUUUUUAAGACAACAAAAUCUCGGUAACUUGUUCAUCAAGGUAACAUAUUAUUAAAGGUAGAGGUGGACAUUUCGGGUUGUGGUUUGGGAUCGUUUGGUUAUAUUCGGGUUUGGUUUAGUUUUUUUAUUGAAAUCGAUUCAAAUCUAUUUCGAUUUGGAUCUGAUCUGAUUUCGGUUUUUAUUGAUAAAAAUAUCGGGUUUUCAAGAAUAAUAUUUCUGUUUUUUUAAUUAAUUUUUUAUUCGAUUUAGAAUUGAUUAUCUGGAUUUGAAUAAAAUUAUAAUCAUUCUAUUUUUAUAUUAUAUCGAUAGCACGAAGUCUUAAAAGAUUGGCGAAAGCGAUUGGGAUAAACUUUAGACGAGAAAAUGUUGUUUUCAAUCAUUUGAAUUUUCAUAAAUAUUAUUUCUUUUAUUGUAUGGUUUUCCAUUGUUAUAUAUAUAAAAAAAGUUUUGAAUGGUUGUAACUCUAACGAGAAGAUGAAUGGAGGGUUAGAUAUGUUGAAGUCCAUGUUGUUGGAGGUUUUGUCAAUUUAUUAUUUUGUUUUUGUUAUUGAUUAUAA